UUCGUUAAGCAGUGGUUUUCUCUUCUUUCUUGCGCCCGACCCCAUCGAUUCUCACUUCUUCCCCCCCCGCACAGAAUCAAAAUCUAAUUCCAAUUCCUGUAUGCCAGAGAAUGUCUAUGCACAGAAGCCGGUCGGGGCGGACGACGUCGCUCCGUGAGUCGGAAUCACGCCUCUCUGAGUCGGAGAAGGUCGAGGGCGCCGGUAGCUGGGACGCCCUUGAGUGGACCAAAGUUGAUCCGGUUUCGAGGUCUGUUCCGCAGGGACUGCAGCAGUUCUUGCUUGAGGCCGAGCAACUCAUAGUAGAGGGAUAUGGCGUUGUUCUUGUGAAUACUGAUGAGGCAGGGACGUUGUUUGUUACAAACUUUCGUCUUCUUUUCCUGAGUGAGGGAUCUAGAAGUAUUAUAGGACUUGGCACUAUACCUUUGGCAACAAUUGAGAAGUUCGGGAAAACUGUAAUGAAGCUUCCAUCAGGCCCCAGGCCGUUUGACAAGACUCCAUCACAGCGAUUGCUUCAGGUCAUUGGCAAGGAUAUGAGAAUUAUUGUGUUUGGUUUUCGGCCUCGUACAAAACAGAGGCGUGCUGUAUAUGAUGCAUUAUUAAGGUGCACUAGGCCAGCUAGACUUUGGGAUCUCUAUGCUUUUGUCUCUGGACCUUCUAGAUUCAAUAACACAAGCCCUAAGGUGCGGCUAUUGAAUGAGUACUACCGGCUUCUCGGGAUGGGGUCACAUCAUGCUUCUUCUAGGACAAUUGAAGAUGGCUCGUUCACAUUGUCUAAUGAAUGGUGGAGAAUAAGCAAAGUGAAUUCUAAUUAUACAAUGUGUGCGACCUAUCCAUUUGCGUUGCUUAUUCCAAAUUCCAUCAGUGAUGUAGAAAUACAGCAGGCUUGUACCUUCCGUGCACGGUGUAGGUUGCCUGUAAUUUCCUGGUGUCAUCCAGGAACUGGAGCUGUUCUUGCUCGUUCUUCACAACCACUGGUUGGCCUCAUGAUGAAUAUGCGAAGCAAUGCUGAUGAGAAGCUAGUUGCAGCACUCUGGACUCAGCUUUCUGGAAUUAAGGAACGCAGGAGGAAGCUAUACAUCGCUGAUGCAAGGCCUAGGAAAAAUGCUUUAGCAAACGGAGCAAUGGGUGGUGGAUCAGAGUCAUCUGCCAAUUAUUCUCAUUCUGAGAUUGUUUUCUUUGGGAUAGACAAUAUACAUGCUAUGAGAGAGAGCCUUGUUAGGCUUAGAGAAUACGUGGAUACUCAUGGUGCCAAUUCAUCUGAUGGGAUGUCUUCGUUUUUGAGGCAUGGUGGAUGGACCUGGGGAGGAGGUAAUCUCAGCAGUAUGUCUGCCUCGGUCUCAACUCUUGGGGACAGUGGUUGGUUAAUACAUGUACAAAGUGUCUUGGCUGGUUCUGCUUGGAUUGCUGCUCGUGUUGCACUGGAAUCAGCUACAGUGCUUGUUCAUUGUAGUGAUGGGUGGGAUAGAACAACUCAAUUGGUCUCCCUUGCGAGCUUGUUGCUUGAUCCAUACUACCGGACGAUCAAAGGUUUCCAGGCAUUAAUAGAGAAAGAUUGGCUUGCAUUUGGUCAUCCAUUUUCAGAUCGUCUUGGAGUGCCAACUGUGUCUGGAAGUGAUAAUCCUUUUGAAUUAUCACGACAGGCUUCUACAGGGAGCAUCCAGUCGUCCCCCGGGCGGCAAUCAUCCAGCUCAUUCACAGCUCAACCUACAUCUUCUCAUGCUCAAAAUAAUUACUCACCCAUCUUUUUGCAGUGGGUUGAUUGUGUUUCACAACUGUUACGAAUGUAUCCUUUUGCCUUUGAAUUCUCAUCGGUUUUCCUGGUAGAUUUACUAGACUGUGUGCUUUCCUGCCGUUUUGGAAACUUUUUCUGCAACAGUGAAAAGGAAAGGCAGCAAGCUGGUGUUUAUGAUUCAUGUGGCUGCUUGUGGAUGUAUUUAGCUGAUUUGCGGGUUUCAGAUGGAAGGUCUCAUGUGCAUUAUAACCACUUCUAUGAUCCAUCAAAAUCUGAAGGUCCAUUACUACCUCCAGCUGCAGCUUUAGCCCCAACACUUUGGCCUCAGUUCCACCUUAGAUGGGCUUGUCCUUUGGAAGUCCAAGCCGGGGAGAUCGAGACACACUGUAGGAAUAUGGCUAAGAAGAUCUCUGAACUGCAGAAGGCAAAAGAGUUGGCAGAGGCAAAAGUUAUGGAAACAACAGUCGCCAUGGAGUCUUUGACAGCUGAGUUGCGAAAUGAAAAGCUCAGCAGCGUAUCAGCCAGGGAUUGGGCUAGAAGAGCCAAGAAGGAAAGUGCAGCUAUAAAGCGGGCAGUACAAUCGCUUGGGUGCAAGGUUCACUUCUCGGAAGAUGGUGAUUGCAUUGUCAGCAUUGAGAGCAACCCAACUGAAAUUCCUCAAAAAUCACUGUUUUCAGUUUCGGAAAUGCAAUCUGGUGGUUAUUCAGAGCAUGACGAGAAAUCAGGUAAUUCCACUUCAGUUGCUCAUGCGGCGGACGAUGAUUCCAGUGAUCCUAUAAGUCGUGUCUGUGAAUCUUUAUGCCCUUUUCGCACCAGAGAUGGAGGGUGUAGAUGGCCUAAUGCUGGUUGUGCUCAAUUUGAGAGUCAGUUUGUUGGUUUGAAGGCAAAUUAUGAUGCAUUUGACCGACUUUCUAUAUAUGACAGCUACUUUUGAGUCGUAAUAUAUUCGGAUUUGAACUAAGUCUCAGAUGCGGAAACACCCUUCAGCCAUACCAUCCAGCUGAUAACUGAUUCAUAGGAGUCGAAUGAAGUUUUGUAGGUCAAAGAUUUUUGUCACGAGUAAGUCAGAAAUGAAUUAACAAAUACUCGAACAAUGUAAAGAAACAAAAAGCUGAAGAUGGACCCUCAUAUUUGACAUGGGUCUCGGGAAUGUACAUACAUAGUGAAUAGAGCUAGUAUUGGCUAGCCUCAGGUUUCUGGUCGUCUCUGGAGGUAGCGAAGCAGUUUAUUGUUUUAAUGGUAAUUUUGUGAUGGUAUCGGUUGAGAUUGUGCGAUGUAUACAGCUGACAAUCUGCCCUUCAUUGAUAAGAUAGCAUGUGAUGCCUGCUGUAUAGAUUCUUGAUUUAUUAGGGUUACAUCUGUUGUCCCUUCAACUUUAGAUGAAUAAAUCUCCAUUGUAAUUGCCAUUGUUGUACCUUGAUGCAAUGAUUCAAAUAAAUUGAAAUUUCUGUAUGGAUUUA